UGCAGCAUGGACAACCAAACUUUCAACGCAGAUAUUAUCCUCAUCGAGGGGUUGAAGGUCAGCCCCGAGUCCUCUGUCACCACCUUCGUCCUCCUUCUCCUCAUCUAUGUCUUCAUCAUGGUGUCCAACGUGGGCCUGGUGGUUCUGAUCUCCAUGGAGAGGAGCCUCCAUGAGCCCAUGUACCUGCUCUUCUGCAACAUGAGCGUCAACGACGUGUUCGGGGCAUCGGCCAUCAUCCCUCGCCUGCUGGGUUACGUUUUCACCGCCUUCACUGAGCGCUACAUCCGCUACGUCGACUGUGCCGUCCAGGCCUUCUGUGCCCACUUCCACGCCGGCACCUCCCAUGCCGUGCUCAUGGUCAUGGCCUUCGACCGCUACGUGGCCAUCUGCAACCCGCUGCGCUACACCAGCAUCGUGACCAACAGGAUGGUGGUGAAGCUGUCGGCUGGGGCCUGGACGGUGGCAUUCCUUCUGGUCGUCGUCCUUCUGGGCCUCAGCAUCCGGCUGACGCGCUGCAGACGGGUGAUCCUCAACCCGUUCUGCGACAAUGCCUCGCUGUUCAAGCUGUCCUGCCAGAACCUCCUCAUCAACCACAUCUACGGGCUCAGCAGCGCCGUGCUCCUCCUGGGCUCGUCACUCGGCAGCGUGACGCUCACCUACCUGAGGAUCGCCAUGGUCUGUCUGAGCAGCAAGAACAAGGUGCUGAACAGCAAAGCCCUGCAGACCUGUGCCACCCACCUGGCCGUCUACAUCGUCAUGCUGGUGUCGUCCUUCACCCCGAUGAUAAUGCACCGGCGGCCUGAGUGGGCCGACAACGGGAAGGUGGCGUCCGUCAUGUUCCAUGUUGUUCCUCCAGCCCUGAACCCGCUCAUCUACGGGCUGCAGUGCAAAGAGCUCAGGCAGAAGAUCAUCAGCGUGUUCCACAAGAACAAAGUCACGGGAGGUAAAAGCGUCGCGAAGGGACAAACUUUUCAGAAAUGACUCAUGAACCUGAACAAAAACAUCGUCACUGACAAAACAUCAAGACAUCAACAGCUUCAGGUGUCGUUCCAAAGACUUUUAUUUCAGACUUCAGUUUUAUAUGUUGCAAAAGUGUGAGGUUGGGAUGUUCUGAUCUAAUGAUCCAGUCCAGGUCAGCUAAUAGCUAGUCUCUGCAUUCCCUACUAGUACACACCUCAAGUACUUACAGAGCACCUGCUUGACAACUGAAUAACUUUACAAUGCUUUUAGAAAAAACUGCUUUCUGACUCCAGUCUGUUCCUUAAUGUUCUGCAGGUGUUCGGGAACCUUGUAGUUCUGGUAGAUUACUGUCUGAAAUGUAGCAUUAGAGGGUAAAUGUAGUGUUAGAGGGUAAAUGUAGUGUUAGAGGGUAAAUGUAGUGUUAUAGAGGGUAAAUGUAGUGUUAUAGAGGGUAAAUAUAGUGUUAUAGAGGGUAAAUGUAGUGUUUUAGAGGGUAAAUGUAGUGUUAGAGAUAAAUGUAGUGUUAGAGGGUAAAUGUAGUGUUAUAGAGGGUAAAUGUAGUGUUAUAGAGGGUAAAUGUAGUGUUUUAGAGGGUAAAUGUAGUGUUAGAGAUAAAUGUAGUGUUAGAGGGUAAAUGUAGUGUCAGAGGGUAAAUGUAGUGUCAGAGGGUAAAUGUAGUGUUAGAGGGUAAAUGUAGUGUUAGAGGGUAAAUGUAGUGUUGUAGAGGGUAAAUGUAGUGUUAUAGAGGGUAAAUGUAGUGUUAGAAAUAAAUGUAGUGUUAGAGGGUAAAUGUAGUAUCAGAGGGUAAAUGUAGUGUUAUAGAGGGUAAAUGUAGUGUUAGAGGGUAAAUGUAGUGUUAUAGAGGGUAAAUGUAGUGUUAGAGACAAAUGUAGUGUGAGAGGGUAAAUGUAGUGUUACAUGAUAGGAUGUACUCAGGCUCCAAAAGAUGUAGAAAACCUGUUUUCUCUCCAUGAUGUCAGUAGAUGUAGAUCAGCUGUAGUUCCUGGUUGUUCCACCAGGUGAAGCCUCUUCCUGUUUACUACUGUAGAGACCAGAAGAGGCUUUAGUUUCAGGACUCUUGUUUUUCAUACUAGUGCCAGCCACUGAAUUGGAUGUAUGAGUGGAUUCCACCCAAAAUACUACGUUCUGUCCGAGUACUAAUUGUGUAAUUAGACCAUAAUCAGCUAAAAUAACAACGGAAUCAUACUGUAGCCUUAGUAGACACUAGAUCUUAGAUGUAUGGAAGAUUGGACGGUGGUGAGACAUGACCCUGGAUUCACCUUCUUUACUCAGGCUGUGGCUGUUGUCCAUCACGGUCAGAAAUUCAGUCUUUGCUUCAAUUUGUGUUACUAGCACAGUUAUCCAAUUCAGUAGGUGGCGCUGUUGCAAACAGCAAAGGUCUUAAAACCUCCUCUGCUGCAGACAUGUUAGUUAUCUGAGGAUACCACUCAUGUUGGCUAGCAGAGAGCAUUGUGAGACAUUUACUAGCAGUGGGCACCAUGACAAAGACUUCUGAGGAGGUUAAUGAUCUUGAACCACAGCUGCUUCAGGCAGAGAUCCUGAUCUUUAGGAUUGGAUCAGGACAUCCCUAGAGUGAGAUUUUUGCAGGACUGUGAAGGCAAAAAGAAAACCUUUCUUAUUUUUUUCCCUAUUUUUCUGUUAUUUUUAAAAUGUAUUUGUUUGUGUGUAAUAUUCCACAUAGAGUUCAGCUGAAAGAAACUUGUUUUGCUGCAGGAAAUACAUAAUUGUGUUCAGUUGAAACAUCUGUUCUUCCACAAGUAUUAAACUUUACGCUGCACACUUGAAUAAAAGUGUAAUUUGAAAGUUGUUUUUUACAUUACUAUUGGACUUUUUACCACUUUAUCUGAAGAUAGUUUAUCUAAGUAAUUUGCUUUUGUUAAAAAAAAAAUAAAUGUUAAAAGUGUCAGAAAUAUUUACUUUAGUUUGAAUUCUGAUGAGGUCUUUAGACUGUGCAACGCUCGUCUUCUGUUCGUG